CAGACACACACCGCACGCAGCUCACCGUCAUCAGCCGGUAAAUCGUCGUCCUCGAGUCACGGUUAACAGUGGUACUUACUUGCUUACUAACUUACUUAGACCCCAUUCGGUCUAACCGGAACCACAUAAGCCAUUUCAAACGGGUCAAUCGCCGCGUGGACCGAACUGAGUUCACCACCGCAAGCUUCAGCCGACCACCGGUAUUCGUUGACGCGCACGUUUUCACCAUGAUUACUUCGGAGAAACCGGGGUAAAAAAAAAGUCGGCUGGAAAUCGUUGUCAAUAUUUUUGAUUCAAAAUCGGUAAAGAAAAUAAAACAAAAGGUGUACCCAUCUCGGACGGGAUAACUUCCAUCGGCUGUCAAAACACAUGGCGGCGAACACUUGGACUCGGUUGGCCGUAGUGGCGCACGUGCUAGUGCUCGUCACGGAAACGGUCGAAGCGUCCGUGUCGUCGUGGACCAACUUGGCGACUCCGGUCACCCAUGUAAACACAUCUUAUAUGGACGACUAUGAAAAUUCGUGGUCUCCGUGGUCCGAAUGGUCGUCAUGUUCAAGAACAUGUGACGGAGGGGCAAUGUACCAGCUACGAAGGUGCAACGCAGUAUCUGGCUGCAAAGGACACCAUGUCCGAUACAAAAUAUGUAACAUGGAGCCAUGCCCCGACGGCACCGAUUUCCGUGCCGCUCAGUGUUCGGCGUACAACGAUCAGCCGUACGACGGUGAACUGGUGGAAUGGCAUCCGUACUACGACGAGGAGAGCCCGUGCACGCUCAUGUGUGUCGACUCCAAGGGACGUGUAGAAGAAAUGGCCCCUAGGGUCCGCGACGGCACCAGGUGCAGACUGGGUUCGCUGGACAUGUGCAUAGACGGCGUAUGCCAGAGAGUCGGAUGCAACUUGGAAAUCGGAUCUAAGGCCAGCGUGGACGAGUGCGGCGUAUGCGGCGGAGACGGCUCUUCGUGUUCAAAAGAUCUGUUCCGGUGGGGCAAGAUGGGAACCGGUUGUUCGGUGUCUUGCGGCGGAGGUUACGAAGUGUCUCGAGUGGUAUGUCAGAACAGAGACACGGGCGUCGAAGUGGAUGCUGAUUUGUGUCCGGGCGAGCGGCCAACCAGCAGCGAUUUAUCCGUCGAGUGUAACAGCCGUCCUUGUCCUCCCAAGUGGGUUGCCGACGACAAUUGGAGUCCUUGCAGCAAAACGUGUGGAGGUGGAAUAAGAGUCCGACACGUCUAUUGCGUGGAAGAAACUAAUGGUACCAGGACGAAAGUCUGGCAUCACAUGUGUCACGGGCACAAACCUAAAACGCAAGAACAAUGUAAUAACCAACCUUGUUACUCGGAAUGGAUGACCGGCGAGUGGUCAAAAUGUUCGGCCACGUGCGGUCAAGGUCUGCAAAUAAGAAACGUCACGUGCAAGACCAAGCAAAAGUAUUUGACUUGCGACCCGAUGAUCGAGCCGAGGAGAACGCAGACUUGUACUUCGAACGCCGCUUGUUUCCGAGACAACAGCUUCGAGACGGACUCGGAUUUCGCCGGAGGGUCGACGAAAUCGACAAGUUUUUCACUAGCCCACGCUCAACGGCUGGUCGGCCAACAGAAAACUUCAUCGCACACCAUGUUCGUAUCGGACAAUUGGGGUCCGUGUAGCGUGACUUGCGGCGAAGGGGUCAGGACCAGGAAGGUCUACUGCAAGGCUCAUUUGGAUUACACUCAGAUCAUGACAAAGCUAACGGAUGACGCGUGCACGGGUCCUAAACCGGCAGAGGUGGAACGGUGCUUAGCCAUGCCUUGUCCGACGAAUAAAAUGUUCGACCAAAGCGAGAGAUCAGUAAGAGAUGGGUACGCGGACGCCAGCUCGGAGGAGUUCAAUCCGCCCAAAGUCGCUCCCGGUUCGUUUGGUAAAACAUACUCUUGGAAACGAGAGGGCUUUACGCAUUGCAGUGCUUCUUGUCUUGGAGGCGUUCAAGAAUCGCUGGUGCUUUGCGUCCGCGAGGAGGACAAGAAAAUCGUCUCGCCCUACUUGUGUUCGCGCGACGAUCAGCCCGAGGUGCUGACACAGACCUGCAACGAUCAACCGUGUCCGCCCAGGUGGAACGUCAGCGAGUUUCAACCUUGUUCGCACAGCUGCGGCAUCGGGCUCCAAGUGCGGGAAGUCAACUGCAUACACGAGGUGACCGAGGGCAACACGGCCAUCGUGCCGAACAACAUGUGUCCCACGCCGGUGCCGACAGACCGCAAACAGUGCAACAUGAUCGAUUGCCCGACAGAAUGGAGAUCAUCGGAAUGGACAAAGUGUAGUAAAAAGUGUAACGGCGGCGUCAAGACUAGAGUGGUGGAAUGCGUGCAGCGAAUCGCCCACGGGCAUAUCAUAAACCAGCCCGACUCGGAAUGUACCGGCGACAAGCCGCCGGACAGUAAAUUGUGCAAUCCGAACGCGUGUAGUGCAGUGCAUGAGGCGAUUAUGGUGUCUGACGUGGCCCAGAAGUACGAGCAGGGCAGCCCGGAGGAAGACGUGACGCUCAAAGUGGGAGGAGAAGCCACCGUGUACAGAGGAGUCGAAAUGAAAAUGCGGUGUCCGGUAAAGAGGUACGAUAGGGCCAAAAUCCAAUGGACCAAAGACGGUCAAACGUUGCAAAACGGCAAAAAAGUGAGGAUCACCAAAAAAGGAGUGUUGAAAAUUCACGCCACCACGUAUUCGGACAGAGGAACAUAUUCCUGUACCGCCGGCAACGUCCGAGCUACUAUGAACAUAAGUAUUAAGCCUCGUCCUGGAGAGUUUCCCAGUUCUGAAGAAAUAGACAAGCCAAUGAACCAACAAGACACGGAUGCAAGCCCGUCGUUCGCAAGCCCUCAAGGUAUAGAUCCGACGUUCGACAUCAGCCACGAGCGAAUCAAAGGGGAACACAACCGCGAGUUAAAACGUAAAUCCAAAGGAAAACUAAAGUCGACGCAAUCGACACCGCAAAGCACGACUUCAACGAACCCUCAAGUAGGAUCCGAGAAAAACGCUCUAGACGACUCCCCAAAACCCACUACUUCCGGAAGUUCACGAAACUUGCCUCACCUCCACAGUCUUCUUUUUAACCUCAAGGCUCUAUGGCCGUUUCAGGGCGGCAAUUCGGUAAGCAACUCCAGAGUGAACAGAAUGUUUAUGGAAGAACCGACCAACCAUAAAGGAAGUGUAACUACCACCGAAGACCCUCUAGGUCAAGCCGUUUUACUUGGUAAAGGCGAUAGGAAAAGCGUGAAAUUCGAAUGGAUCAUUACCGAAUGGUCGACGUGCUCUCCUCCUUGUGGAGGGAAUGGAUUCCAGAUGAGAGCCGCUCACUGUAUGGUUAAACUUAACAACAUGACUCAAAGCGUGGACAACAACUUGUGCGAAGACGCAGGUCUACCGACUCCGGUGACGAUACAAAAGUGCCAAACCGACGACUGUCCACAGUGGAAAGUGACCGAAUGGAGACCUUGUGAAGAAUCCAGAUGUUUUACAUGGAACACUGCCAUGCAAAGGCGAGACGUUUACUGUCAAAAUUCAAACGAAGCCACUAUAUCAGACGAAGCAUGUAAAGGUAUCGAAAAACCGGUGAACCGAAAAGAGUGUUACAACGAUCAAUGCAAAGGCACUUGGAAAGUUGGAGAAUGGACAGACUGUACGGCAUCUUGCGAAAAAGACGGUUUAAGGUAUAGAAUAUUGCAAUGUGUUUGGUUUGGCACUAACAAACCAGCCGGAACUGCAUGCCGAGACCAACCCAGGCCUCCUGUUAUGAAGACUUGCACGGGCUCGGCUUGUCCCCCAAAAGACGACUGUAAAGAUCAAAACAAACACAGUUGUAAAAAUGUGAAACAGAUGAACAUGUGUCACUUGCGUCAAUACCAACUACAGUGUUGUCAAACGUGUAAAUGAUCAUUCCAUUAUACUUUUUUUUGGUUCUGAUAAUUUACUUUUUUCCUAUCCAUUUUCCCCCUAUAUUUUUCUUUUUAUUAAAAUCUCAUUAAGUUUUUAUAAUGUUUUUUUUUUGUAAAUAAGUAAUAUACAGAACACGACUUGUUAGUUAGAUAAGAUACUUAAUCUUAAGUAGAUAAAUAUAUUUCCCACCGAUUAUAUAUUAUUAUCGUAUAAUAAUGUACAACGUUACUAAUUUUAUACAUGCCAGUAAGACUAUCUACCACAAAGUUUUGCACAAUCUUUUCUUUUAAUUACAUUUCAAAUAUUUUUAAAUACAAAAAAAAAAGUUUUACUAGUGUUUUUUUAAUUUUAUUAAGUUAUGUACAUACAAUUAUAAUCUCAGCAUUAAAAUAUGUUUUACGAUUAUAUAAAUAUUAUAAAAACUUAUUAAUUAAAAUGCUUUGUUUCACACUAAUACAAAAAACAUGCUAUGAUUUUAUAUAUAU